CCGCCAUGGCGAACGCCUCGGCCAAACGCACAGCGCAACAAAAUGCGGAGUGCAUAAAGAACCUCCGGCUCGGGCUGCUCGUCUCGGGCGCGCUCUCGAUCCUCCUCCGCCUGCUCUUCCGCCGUGGCACGCUCUCGCCGACGCAGUUCUCGUUCUGGAUCUACGUCUUCUCGCUCGGGCCCUCUGUCUUCCUCGCGCGCUACCUCGAGCGCAUCGGCUCCCCGCGGCGCGACCCGACGACGGGCACGCUCAUAUCCGCUGGCGAGGACCUCAGCCGGCCCGGGAUCAUCGAGUGGUGCUUCGAUGUCAUCUACGUUACCUGGGCGUGUCAGGUCGGCAGCGGGGCAUUCGGGCAAUGGGUCUGGUGGCUGUAUCUCAUCAUUCCACUCUAUGCGAUAUUCAAGCUAUGGACCUCAGUCAUCUCCCCGAUGUUCUUUGGCCGCUCCGCUGCCCCGGCCGCAGAGGAGGCGGAGAGCGAGGCAAAGGAGCCGACGAGCAAACGACAAGAAAAGCUACGAAAACGCUCCGAGCGGGGCGAUCCUCGUGUCCGCAUGCAGUCGCGGUAACCAGGGACCUUUACCUUUGUAUCCUAUCUACUCUCGAAAUGUACGCGAUUAACUUGCAUACCGCCGCC